CCAUUUGUGGUUGAGGUUACACCAGAUGAUGAGCAUAUAAUGCAAGUGAGGCUGAAAUACACCCUGUCUCUUGUUGCAGUGCAUGCUCCUACUGAGAUGUGUGAAACUAAAGAGGAGUUGUUUUAUCUCAAGAUGGUGAAAGGCUUUGGAUUUGUCCAUAAGUUUGCAGAGAAAGUCUCAAAUUGAUUCAAUGUGCUCAGCACCCUUGAGGAUUCUGUAGAUUUGUGGGAUACCUUCAAAUGUGAAACUCUUAACCCCUUGAAUAUGAGGAUGCGCAUACUGGGUUGAUGGCAUGAAGAAAGGUGGGUGGCAAAGGCUAUUUGGGUGGCAGGGAACAACAGAGCAGCAGAAACAACGGUGGUUCCAAGCUUGUACAGACAGCAUCCUCACCACACACUAUGGAUGCCUGCGAAUAUUUGUGCAUCUGGCCUAUUGUGACACCAUGAUGGGCGCAUAGUACAGGGCGGGGGCAGCACAGUCAGUGUACACAGCAGAUUUAGGCCAUUCUUUGCCUCCACCUCGCAUAGAACGGGUUCAACUUGCGUGCUUUGAGUUUGUGGGUUGAACUUUUAGAUUCCACGUAGUAGGCAUUUCACACAGCGUGAAGACACGUAGUGGGUGUGCCUACGGUACUUGGUUCGGUAUUGAGUUGACAUUCUAAGUAUCCCGCCAAGGGUAGAGUAGUGGUUUGUUUACACAAAAUUCCCACACUUCCUACCCUCCCCCCUUCCUCACUGCCAUCCUAACGCUCUGCCCCAGCUGGGCCGAGGUGAGACAGGUGGGGAGAAGGCUGGAUGGGCUAUGGAACCCAAGCUGUAUGUACUCCUCAAACUUCAGUAAAUAGUCGCCACCCUAACAGCUUAUAGGCCUACCUACAACCAGGUCAAUAAUAUUAGCAAUACUUAAGUAAUUAGAUGACAUUUCAAAUAUUCUGCCAUGGGUAGAGAAGCUGUUUCCACAGUUUCUCUGCUUCCUACCAAGCUUACUGCUACAUCUAGCAGACAGCAGUUGGUUUGCAAAAUGGUAUCCCAAAACAACAGCCCCCUCACAAUAUUCCUGAAGCAACUCCUACAGGCAACCAUUUACUGGAAAUAGCAAUUAUAGUUGAAUGAAACAUUCACAGAAAGUUAGAAGAUGCAGCAGAGGUGACACAAGCCACUCAUAUGUGUCCAUUGUUUACACUGUCCCCCUCCAACAUAACCCCUGGGGGUGUUUGGCUAAGCCUGCCAUCUUGGCAAAACUUGGUGGCUCAAUUUCGUAACAUUGCACUAUGUUGUGUGGCUAAAAGGUCAACCAAAUGCAGAGCUGGGGUGAGGCAAGCUCAUGAAGACAGGCAGUGUAAGGGAGGAGGGGAGGAGGCACGGGAACACUGCUCUAUCAGUGCUAGGAUCUUUGAAUAAUAUUUUAUUUUACUAGUUAAGCGAGACUGAUGAUAUACACUUUCCCGAAAUUUGUAUUUUUUGGGGGGUUUAGCUUGUACUGCUUGAAUUGGCAACAGUGUACCUGAGUCACACAAAACAAUGCAAAUGGAGGUUGGGCCGAUGUUGCGAGAAAUACCUCGUCGUAGAAUUAAGUCACACUGCUGUCGUCAUUACACAUGCGCACCGGGGAACAUACAGCAGGAAAACAUGUUAAUUUGCCUUAUUUUGUUCUGGUUUAUCCAUGUGUGAUAUAUGUAAUGAUUGAUAUUCCCUGCAAGACAACACCACACCAGACCAACAGACCAAACAAACAGGAACUGAGUGAUCAUCAACGAGAGGGAAUUCUUACUGAAAUCUGCCCUACUCAUUUGUUAUAAAGCCUUCUCCUGAUUAAAAGCAUUUCUCUGAUGUUUGUGCCAUACAUUGGAGCCGAACAGGACAUGCUAAUGAUAGCGGUGAGCGAAAUACAGAAAAAGUAAGCAGAUUGAACCUCUCUCCGUGAGCUAUUUUGCGACUGUGAGCUGAUUCCCACAACAGUAGGGGCGAAUGCUCAAUAGUGGUCAUAUCUUAGUCCUGGUGGUGAUCAUAAAUGACUAAUCCCAUCAUAAGUUAGUCCCGCCUUACGACUGACCACUGCCGUCCAUGUUCAGCCGAGUCACGGGCAGACAUAAGGAGGGACUAAGGGUUAGUCAAUCAAAAUUAGUACCUUCGGUGUAUACCGUGCAGGGAUAACUUUUUUGGCAUUUUUUAAGUGAAAAAAGUGCGCGUUAUCAUCAUCAUUUCAUCAAUGCCUGCUCCUAGGAGCUCCCACCAGGGGAUGGCCACGGCAGAAGAGUUUCCAUCUUUCUCUAUCCAGACACUCCCUCCUUGCCUGCUCAAAAUUUCUCAAGGAUCUUUCACCCCUCUCCCUAACAUACUCUUGCACCCUAUCUUUCCAUUUCACUGGAGAUCGUCCUCUAACAUUCCCUCCCUCUAUAUCACUCACAUGCACCCUUAUGGUCAUCUUACUCUCCUCCAUUCGCUCCAUGUGACCUAAUUCAGCCAAGCACCAGUUCACCAAAUCAAAUUUUCCACUAAAUUGAGAUAAUGCAUUUUCUGCCCCCCACAGCCCGAUGACACUUUGCCCUGAGACCUCUCUGCAGCUCAGCCUGACCAUCUCCAUAAUUUUCUGAAGCUUAGCCAUGAUUUCACUUUAGAAAUAAUAUUAGUAGUAGUUGUAGUACUUGUAGUACAGGUUGAGAAUCCCUUAUCCGAAAUUCCUGAAACAAAGUGUUGUGGAUUUCAGAAUAUUAUUUUUUUAAUCAAAAUAAUGUGAAAACUGAAAUAGGGGAUUAUUCAUGAGAGGGUAGCCUAUCAAUUUUGAGAUGCUUACUGCUUUUCUGGACAAAAUAUGAUGCUGUUUAUAAUGGAGAUACCGGUAACUCGAUUUACGCGAGUUUGGUUUAUGCAUUUUUUAAAUAACGCGGGGUCCAAAAUCCAAAUAAAUGUUUAAUCUACACGUUUUUUUUCACUUAUACACAAUAUAUUAUGGAGUGGCUACCAGAUGUCUCAAGCAACUGGACUCACAUGACGCCGCAGCCACACAGCUGAGCUCAGUUCUUCCCGCGCGCCACUUGAACAACAAUACAAUACCCAUGCUGCCACACUACUCAACAAUAGGGGUGGACAGGUACUGGUACCAGUACCGGUACUAACGGUACCAGCUAUACGGUAUGGUACCAGUGUGGUGUCAUGAGACAUCCGGCUAUAAUAAGACAUCCCAUCCUGAUCUGCACAUGUGCGGAACCCAAUGUUUACAAACACAGUGUUGAUAUCGUCGUUUGUCCCAGGCAAGAUGGCGGCAAGACACCAUGGCAGCUUUUUUGACAUACAAGGGGUGUAGGUUGUCUCAUUUAUCACAUUUACUGACAUACAAGGGGUGUAGGUUACCUCAUUUAUCACAUUUACUGACAUACAAGGGGUGUAGGUUGUCUCAUUUAUCACAUUUACUGACAUACAAGAGGUGUAGGUUACCUCAUUUAUCACAUUUACUGACAUACAAGGGGUGUAGGUUGUCUCAUUUAUCACAUUUACUGACAUACAAGAGGUGUAGGUUGUCUCAUUUAUCACAUUUACUGACAUACAAGGGGUGUAGGUUACCUCAUUUAUCACAUUUACUGACAUACAAGGGGUGUAGGUUGUCUCAUUCACCACAUUUACUGACAUACAAGGGGUGUAGGUUGUCUCAUUUAUCACAUUUACUGACAUACAAGGGGUGUAGGUUACCUCAUUUAUCACAUUUACUGACAUACAAGGGGUGUAGGUUGUCUCAUUUAUCACAUUUACUGACAUACAAGAGGUGUAGGUUACCUCAUUUAUCACAUUUACUGACAUACAAGGGGUGUAGGUUGUCUCAUUUAUCACAUUUACUGACAUACAAGGGGUGUAGGUUACCUCAUUUAUCACAUUUACUGACAUACAAGGGGUGUAGGUUACCUCAUUUAUCACAUUUACUGACAUACAAGGGGUGUAGGUUGUCUCAUUUAUCACAUUUACUGACAUACAAGGGGUGUAGGUUGUCUCAUUUAUCACAUUUACUGACAUACAAGAGGUGUAGGUUACCUCAUUUAUCACAUUUACUGACAUACAAGGGGUGUAGGUUGUCUCAUUUAUCACAUUUACUGACAUACAAGGGGUGUAGGUUGUCUCAUUUAUCACAUUUACUGACAUACAAGGGGUGUAGGUUGUCUCAUUUAUCACAUUUUCUGACAUACAAGAGGUGUAGGUUACCUCAUUUAUCACAUUUACUGACAUAUGUCAUAGGUGUAGGUAAUCUAAUUUAUCACUAUAAAAAGAUAAAGAAUAAACUUAGGUGGGACAUUUCAUGAUAGGCAGUCAACAAAAGACAUGGUACCGUGUCAUAGCUCAUCCACCCUCUGUUUGUAAACAAAGCCCACGCGUGCGCAGAUCAGGAUGGGAUGUUUUAUUAUAGCGGCUGUCUCAUGACACCACACCGGUACCAGACUGCUCGGUACUGGUACCAAUACUAGCCAGUCGCUCAUGGUGUCCCUCAUUUCUUCCUCACACGAGUGAGGCUGAGACUUGAUGCCUGAGUGGAUAUCUCGGAGAUAUGGAUAUUCUCUCUCUCUCUCUCUCUCUCUCUCUCUCUCUCUCUCUCUCUCUCUCUCCACUGAAUGAAGUGAAUAUUUAUUUUUCGAUAGAAACCUACCGCUUGUUUGAUUUAUGCGACCUCUUCAAGGACACAAUACUCGCGUAAAUCGAGAGUUACCUGUAGUAUUUUUCUCCGGAAAUCAUUAACCCUUCCAUUACGGCGAUCGUAUAUAUAAGUGCGCUAUCACACGCCCCACCCAUACGGGGAUCAUAUAUGUAAGCAUCACACUCUACGCUCCCUACGUUUCAAAUAUACCGCCAGUUCUUGACUCAGAAGAAUGGUGGAGGCAUCUGGCAUCCGUACAGACUCUCAUUCGUCUCAGCGCACGCCCUACCAAAGGCCACAGAUCAUUUUCCUCUUUUGUUCAGAAUACAUCUGUCAUGUCUCGUGACACGUCAAGCAGUUCCUCUGCUCUGGGCGGAAGUAGAACGCAGGCGAAUCAAAGUGACAGUGACUCUGAUGACUGCUAUGGUAGUGACAUUGACAGAGGAGAGAGAGAGAGAGAGAGAGAGAGAGAGAGAGAGAGAGAGAGAGAGAGAGAGAGAGAGAGAGAGAGAGAGAGAGAGAGAGAGAGAGAGAGAGAGAGAGAGUGAGAGAGAGAGAGAGAGAGAGAGAGAGAGAGAGAGAGAGAGAGAGAGAGAGAGAGAGAGAGAGAGAGAGAGAGAGAGAGA